UUCUCUCUCUUGGGAUGUUGAAACCACGAGCCGGGAGGCUCUGGAUCGGAACCAAUAAUAGCAGAAUGGAGAACAGCUGUGCUGGGCCCUCAGGGACCAUGUGGCCCAGCCCACUUGCUUUACGGAUAGGGAAGCCGAGGCCCCAAAGUGUCACUUUUUAGUCCAAGAUCACGGGGACUCAGUCUGCAGUAGAUGAGACCGGGGAUGGCCUUCCAGAUGCUGCGAAAGCACCAUCUUCAGGGAGUUGCUCAAUAGCCAUGAAGAACCCAUCCAAGGCCAGCAGCACUGCCUCCAGGGAGGAGAUCCAGUUCCCCCAGGCCCACGCCUGGCCCAGGGUGCUUCCUAUUCCACGUAAGGAAAGGCAAGUACUUCCCUCAAGCCCAGGGAAUAGAAGCUCUUCUCUUUCCACGGCAGGUAUAAGUUCCAGCUUCCCAGCAUCAGACUGGCACACGCAGCUACUCACACCAUGAAGCUCAGCCUCUCUCUUGCCCUUUGCCUCACCCUCUGCCUGCCGGGCAUGGCCAGCUCAGCCAGUCUCAAGCAAGAGGCCUCCCAGGAGUUGUUCCAAACGCCCCCUGCCCUGUGCCAGCUCCCCCCAGUGGGGGGCCCCUGCAAAGCCUCUUUGCGCCGAUACUUCUACAACUCUACGUCCGCUGAGUGUGAGCUCUUUAUGUACGGUGGUUGUCAGGGAAACGCCAACAAUUUUGAGACCACAGCGAUCUGUCGGAGGGUCUGCAACCCCCCUGACACCAAGGUAAAGAAUGGCUGACGAGGACACCUGCGCUUCCCCAGGCCUUGACCGAGAGCUGGUUCAGCUGCCCUUCCUGCGUGGAUACCCCGUUCUGAGCCCAUGUUGUAACCCUCCGGGACUGAGUCAAUAAAAUGGUUAAAGUUGA